GUGCUCCAUGUCAUGUCGCUGCGGCCUCGACCCAUAGCCAUGUAUCAUAUCGUGCUGCUGGCUGGGAGCUAUACGACUAGCCAACUAAGUCCUUCCCGUGCCCAUCAUCUCCACUCGACGCCUGGCUGCAUCUCAACCGCUACCGCCGCCGCAUACUCGCUCCAUCCCAUCCCAUCCAAUCCCAUCCAUCCUGUCCCGUCUGUCUUCUCUUUCACUCAAUCUCUCCUUCUUCCGUUUCCUUUCUCUCCUUCUCCCCUCCUCCACGCCCGUACAAAAUCACCGCCUCCCCUUUCUCCCCUCCUGCUGUUCCCCACCGCCCCAACUCUGCUUCAACCGUACCGACCCACCAACCCUUGCUUGCCUGCUGCCCACACGGGCCAUCCACCACCGCUCCCAUUCCCCAGUCUCCUCCUCCACAGAGCACGCCAGGAACGCACCCCCGCACUACCACCACCACCACCACCACCACCACCACCACCACUACACACGCCCACGCCCGCAUCUCAUCCCACCCGCCGUUCCCCUUCUGCUCCUCCCAGACCGCCGCACUACAAAGCGGCCCUCACCGCCCAGCCGCAUGUCGGAAUCCCUCAAAGCCCUAAUCUUGCGGAGGAUUCAUCUUGGUACACAGCAACAAAAACAGCAGCAGCCGCAACAACUAUGAUGCAGGUUUUACCCCAGAUGCCAGACGUCUCCGUCUCGCGCCCGACACUCCGCUCUUCAUCCUCGACAACCUCUGCAUCCGCCUCCUUCUUCGACUCGCAGUCGCCCUAUCCUCCCCCGCGUCGAAACAGCUAUUCCUUCUCCGAUCUGAGCUCACACGCCUCCCUGAGCUCAUCCCAGCAUUCUUCCGCAAAGUCGAGCACCACCAGUAGCCUCUCCCUCGACACCCGCUUCGACGACUGCAGCAGCGACGACGACGAAUUGUCCUUCCCCACCUAUGUGCGUUGCGUCAAGUAUGCCGACAACCAAGAUGCACCGCCUUCGAGUCCUGUGCGCACCACGCCCGCCGAGCCCGCGACACAGACUGCCACACCUGCAUCGACCCCUGAUCAAAUACACAUUUCCGAAGACGAUUCUGCCGUUCGUUCGGAGCCGUCCCAUCACGUAGACUAUCUCUCGCAUGAGUGGAAAGAGGAAGACAUUUGGUCAUCAUGGCGCCAUAUUGUCGAACACCGCAGUGUCUACGGCGAGCGAUCCAGGUUGGAGAAUGCCUCGUGGCGAACGUGGGCCAAAACCCAAUUCAAUCUCAGGACUACUUCUCCCGAGUCACUCAAUUGGUUAAAAGAUGUGGACGUCACAUGGCUGUACGGUCCACUGCAGCCCGCAGCGAAUCGCUUGGUCUCACAUCGCAAUUCCGAACCCCCGAGCCGACUAUCCAAGACCAACUCUUUCCUGAACCAGCCUACUAGGCCCAUUCUGAAGAAGCGGAGCAUGUCGGAGGUGAUGCUGCAAAACUCCAUUUCGGGAGCAUCGUUGGUCAAGCAGGCUGCUGCAGCUGUGCAGGCUCAGCAAGUCAUCGGUAUAUCAUGGGAGGGACGAAUGAAGCGAUCACUCUUGAUUGGACGAGCAGACUGUGAUUUCACAUCGAUCCCUACUCGGACAACGAGCCGAGACACGGCCGAUUAUUUCUCGUCCCGAUCAACAUCAGGCCUCCAGACUCCCGAUCAUCACGAGAAGAAACACAUUCGAUUUGACGAAAAGGUGGAGCAAUGCAUUGCUGUCGAGUGCAAAGGCGUGGAAGACGAUGAGGAAGAGGAGGAGGACUUCAAUCACAACCCUUGGGCCAAGUACAACGAAGAAGACUCAUCGGAUGAUGGAAUGGUCAUGAUGAAGAAAUCUAGGAGGAAGAAGCGGCCGAUUUCACGGUCCCAAUCCACAACCAAUGUCGCCGGAGAAAGCAAGACCAUUGCUAAGCUACCUUCCACCACACUUAAAAACCGGAAUGAUUCCAUGGAUACCGACGAGCAACACUCCACCCCCCACUCGCUCGGGUUCUUCCGCUCGAGCCGGUUGUCACCAUCCCCUUCCCAAGAAACACUGCGCCCAUCUAAUCCCUCCACCAACUUCCUCCUCGCUGAAGACGACGACGAAGAUGCGGACAACUUCACUUUUGACGUAUCCCGCCAGUACGAUGUCAAGCGAUCGGCCACCCCGUCGCCCUCCGAUCCUUUUCCGAAGCGGUCCAGUGCUUCCCAACCCGAUUCGACCGACGCAACGGAGCUGCGAAGGACGGAAUCAGGCAUGUUUAUGCCAUUUGAAGAUGAAGACGAGCAUCCGCCACCACCGGGCAUCAUUGGCCGUGUUGUGGAUACGGUGAACACGGCGCGCGAUAUUGCGCAUGUUAUUUGGAACGUAGGCUGGAGGAAUUGAGUCGCACUGCAGUUCAUCCGAUCAUCAGCAUGAACAUUACGGCGGUGAAGAUCAUUUUCGUCUUCAUUGUGCCUGCUAUCAUCUCCGUCACGACUCCCAUCAUAAGCUAUGGCGUUCAUUGUUUCAGUUUUUUCUUUCUCCUGUUUUCAUACAUGUAGCAUUUUUUUGUUUGGCACAAUAACAACAGCAAAGGCAAAACGGUUCAUGGUCAAUGGUCUGGUCUGGUUUGGUUUGGGUUCGGGUUUGGUUUGUUACCACGGCCCUCGGUUGUUACAAUCUAUUUCGACAUGUCGCGGAAGAGAAAAAAAGAGCCUUGGAACACAAGCGACAUGGGAGUUAUCGGGCUUCAUCGGCUGGCUAUCUGGGCGGUUAUCACGCUUUCACCACCACCACACCAUCUCUUCUUCUUUGACUUCCUUUCUUUCAAGCGUUUCUUUUUUUGACCGAGGGCUCGCCUCUUGCAUUGCAUUAUGGGAUUUUGGGUCUGGCCAUUUUGAUUUUAUUUUACUCUCUCUAUUUGUUCCCACUCUCCCCGUCGCCACCUUCAAAAGACGGAAGGUAACAUAGCUAGACAAUACAGUAAGAAAAAAGCGGGGAUCGUUCCCAGUUUUUUCUACCUUUACUCCGCUUGCUUUCUCUCAAUCAACUAGCCACUAUGUGUUUUUGAUCGCUGCCCUUUCUAGUUGCUGCUACUACGACGUACGCUACUACGGUACCCCUUCCUAUGGUGUACAAUGGUAAAUACUAGUUCCCUCGUCCUCUCUUGAAGCAUGCAAACCGCGAACGUGCGAGAGACAGAAAAAAAAUAGCGCUCUGCCAUCUCCGAGUCGAGUCACUACUUCCUGAAUCAUUCGCCAUUGUAUCGUUUCCCUGCCAUUCACCACCGACUUUGGGCACCAAUUACCCCGUGUUGAGGUUUCAUGUCCCGUGCUCGUCAAAGAGAAGGGGCAAAAAAAAAAUUCAUCUCGCCCUUUGUCUCUUCACAUGGUUACGCCUAAACACACGGGCUGUACGUUGCGCCCUACUACCUUGCUUUGCCUUUGCGGCUUUUGUCACCAUCUACCCCCCCUUCAACGUCCCACUUUGCAAUCAGAACGGAUCCCAAAGAUGUGACAGGAAGGAGAAAGAAAAAAGUCCAGCCCUCAUCCAUUCUAUUGACCAGCCCACUUUUCUUUAUCUCUUCUUUUUUUUUCUUCUCCCCUCCCCCCCAUUUGCGCUCCCGGCCGGGAAGGCCCGAAUCACGGAAAUAGCUUGGCCCUUUUGUCCAUCCCCUUUUUGCUUUGCCUACCCGAUUUCUUCCAUUCCCAUGUAACAAAGACCGUGAAGAGAAAAAAAAAAUAGGUAAAGUGGGGCGACUGUUCACGGUUAAGGCUGCAAAAACGGGUAGACUGGUACAUAUUGCGGGUGGGGCCGAAUCACCAACUACUUUAGAUUUGCUUUUGGGUUAUCCAUGGUAUUUUCACGUCUACCUAUCUUGACAAUUUCAACGACUGAUUCGACUGCGGCGUGAAUUUUUUUUACCCUCAUCACACGUGUUUCUCUCUCUCUCUCUCCCACAUCUUUGAAAAUUGGUAGUUGAUCUGAUAAUCGACUCUGGGUGUUCUCUCUACGAUUAUGGUUAUGCGUAGGGGUAAAAACAAGUGUUUGCCUGUAUACUUAUAAGUGACCAAUGUACCUAGGUACUUGAC